AUGAGUAUAGUAAAUGGUUUUGAGCGUCUUACUACUACAACAAAAGUUCCAUUUAUUAUUGGUGUCGCUGGUGGGACAGCUUCCGGAAAGUCGUCAGUAUGUUCUCGAAUAAUGGAGAAGCUUGGAAAGGCGCAUGAACGACGAGUGGUGACAAUAUCACAAGAUUCGUUUUACCGUAACUUGACAGCUGAAGAAACCAAAAAAGCGAACCGAGGAGAAUUCAAUUUCGAUCAUCCAGAUGCUAUUGAGUAUGCUCUGAUGAUAUCGGUUCUUCACAAAAUGAGAAGAGGUGAAAGUGUUAUCAUUCCAAAAUAUGAUUUUUACACUAAUUCAAGAUCGAAAGAUUCUGAUGUGAUUGAAUCAGCGGAUGUUAUAAUUGUUGAGGGCAUACUGAUUUUGUAUGAUCAAGAAUUACGAAAUCUUUUUGAUAUGAAACUGUUUGUGGAUGCUGACUCUGAUGACCGUCUAGCUCGACGUGUCCAUAGAGAUACUGAAGAGAGAGGGCGCUCACUGUCCCAAGUCCUUCAUCAGUACCUAAAUCUUGUAAAGCCAGCAUUUGAAGAAUUUUGUUUGCCGACGAAAAAGUAUGCUGACGUUAUUAUUCCACGUGGUGCUGAUAACACUGUUGCUAUCGAUUUAAUUUUGCAUCACAUUCAUGAAAUAUUACGUUUACCAUCGUCCUCCAGUAAGUCAACCACAGAUGGAAAUUGUGGUAUCGUUCAUCGGGCUUCGUCUUUUAGUCGACUGCAUUGA